AUGUACGGAGUAGGGGUACACAAAGAGGAAGAGGGGACUGAUGCAGAGAGAAGGGCCGAAGAGGACAGAUCUGGGGAUGGCGACGAUGAGGUCUGCGACGAUGGUGGCUCCGAGACCGCGGCCGUGGAUGGCAGGGACACUGCGGCCGACGGUGAUGAUGGCGGUGCCGACCAUGGUGGUGGUGUCUGUGGUGAGUGUGUCUGCGAGGUGGACGGCCCAGACGGAGCCACGAAAGAACCCGUCUCAGUUGGGGCACCCGAUGAAGUCGAAGCAGACGAAGGACCCGGAAUGUUAGAGAGCGAGACCGGGGAGAGUGCCGAGAUCUGCGGGUCCGACACUGACAUUGACACUGAGGGCCAGAAGUCUGGAAUUGUGAGAGAUAACGAAGUAACUUCUGGAAGCGAGAGCGAAGGACUGCGAGGACUCGCCGUAGGGACUGUUGGGAACACGGGAGAGAUUUCCGGAAGGGACAGGGAGGGAAACGAAGAGCCUUCCGGAAAGGACAACGAUGGGAGGAUAUCAGGGACCGACAUGGAGGGUAUGAGGUCCGGACUCGAAAAGGACGGGAGAGAAAGGUCGGGAGAAUGCGGCGAAGAGUCGGUCAAUGAGAAAGAUGGCAAAGUCGAGGACUCGUUGUGGUAG